ACUACCAUCAUCAAUCACAAAAAUUUUCUUUGUUUGGACGGACGAAAUAAAAACUGCGUUGCUUAUAUUUUGCAACGCAAUAUCAUAAAAAAAGUCAUAAAUAGAAUACUUGUAAUCAAAAUAUUAAAUAAUCCAUGUAAUUUGAUGACACACUACUGCAAUAAAACAACAACGGUGGAUCAGAUACGUCUUUAAACAAUAACAUGUCGUGGUUUAAUGUGUGGGAUGGGCUAAAGAAUAAGACGUGUCGUUAUUUACUACAAAGAUAUUUGGGCCAAUUUCUCGAUGAGAACUUGAAUUUGGAACAACUGAAUAUAGAAUUAUACAAUGGCAAGGCCACCAUAAAAAAUGUCUCGCUGCGCGUGGAGACCCUCAAUGAGCUGUUCGAAGCACAAGGAUGGCCAUUAGAAUUUACAGAUGGUCAGAUAGGGCAGCUAACACUGUCUGUCCCCUGGAAUGCCUUAAUGACAAGUGAUAGUGCCAUCGAAGUGGCCGAUGUGGUGCUGUGCAUACGUCCCGUAAGACGGGAGCACGAUGGCACUUCAAUGAUAGAGUCCAUGUGGUCUUCUGUAAGUAGUUCCCUACAAUUGGCCGAAGAGUACAUGAGGCAAGAGGAGAAUGAGUCAGACACUAAUACGACACAAACAACAAUAGGUGGUUUAGAGAAGUUUGCCGAGACCAUCGAUAAUGUUUUGAAUCGCAUUCGAGCAAAGUUCAGCAACAUUACCAUACAAAUCGAACAUCCAUUAGUGAGUUCGCUCAAAGGUAUAGCCUUUAAGAUACAUCUCGAUGAGGUGUUGUACAAAAAUGAAACGGGCAACGAGAAAAGUGCCACAACACAAAAACCGUACAGUGAAGAUGGUGAAUAUACGGCGGAUGUCUUAAAUCGCAUACCAACCUAUACGAAGCACAAUAUAAGAGUCACGGGAGCACACAUAUACACGCAGGAACUGAAGUCAGAUGUGGGUUCAGCACAGCCCAGCCGUCAGCAAGAUAUACCUGUGCUACAACUGAACGGGGAACAACAUGUGCAAAUAAAGGUCAAACAAUCAGAGGAUGUGACCGGUCCAAAGAUUUACUUCUACAUAGAGCUGGGUGGCAUAGGUGGCAUUUGUUCUCCACAACAAAUACAAAUGCUGCUGGAAUUCCUGGAAGCAUUUACGGAUGAUUCACGCUAUAAGAAAUCCAUGCAAUCUUCGCAUUCCAAUGAUAUGCUCAACAAUAUGCCCGAGAGUGCAGAACGUUUUGAGAGUUUCGGAGGCGGCAGUGGAAUACUGGGUAAUCAAUCGGCUUGGAUAAGUGCCGAUGAUGGUGCUACCACAAAUCUGCAGCCAAAUACUAAUUAUGCCAGAACCACUACCAACUAUGCCAGUCAUCAGGAGAGGUAUUGUGACUCCAUUAGCUCCAGCAUGAGUUCGCGCAGCACUUUGACAAGUGUUUCGCGCUAUCAACGUAAACCCACAAAUCUCGACUCGUCGGGUGAAAUAACCGACUUUGUGUGUAAGGUGGCCUCGUUUGUGUGGGUGGUGCUGCAGGAGGACAUAUUGGUGGAGUCUGCUUCGAAUUACUAUGAGAGCCUGUACAAUGAGCAAAGUCUGAAUGAACAAACCAGAGUGUCGCAAUCAUUUUUCGACCAGCUGCAGGCCAUCCCAAUGGACAGUGAUGAGCUGCAUGAAGUAGUCCUUUGCAAUAAGAACCACAUACUGCUGCGUUUGCAUCCCCUGGUGGCUGAGGGCAAACAAAAUCGUAACAAAAACAUAUUGCAAUUCAAUGCUUCGGUGAAUGCCACACAGCUGGACUUUUGUGAGGUUCUUGAGGGCAGAGUAACCCCUUUGCUGACGUUUAAACAACGCAAGGGAGCCAGCUCUCAUGAAUACCAUUUCAAGCCGGAACUUGGUAUGCAAGUGGCCUCCACAAAUUAUGUAAAUCUGAAAAAUAAGUCCACUACUAAUGUAAGCCUAGAGCUGGCUCCUUGUGCUCUGGAAUUUGAUGUUUCCAUCAUUGAUCGCCUGGGCGCUUUGUUUGCUCCCUCGCCCUAUGCCAGCAAAACACACACAGUGAGCGCUAAAGAAGCAGAGUGCUCGGGAGGGGCCCUUAACACCACCAUAAAUGUGAGUUGUGCCAAUCUGGAUGUUAACAUAAGAUUCCCUAUUAUAGAUGCAAAACCUGCCCAUGAUCCUGAACGUGUUCCCUGGUGGAAACAAAACAUACGAACCGAUUACCUAUUGCUCAGUCUGGAACAGAUGAAUGUCAAAUACUGCAAUAACCGAGUGCAAUUGUCCUCGCGAGAAAUCAACAUCUACUACUGUGAGGACCGUUCCAAAAAGAUUCACAUUGUAAAUACUCGCUUCAAACGCACCGACCAGCCGCAUGGCAAGGAGCCUCUCUUCGAAUACCCCCAAUUGUUUGUAGAUAUUAAUGAUGAAGCGUGCUGUGAAUCUCCCUGCCUGCCAUUCAGUUCGAAACGCAAUUGUCGACAAAGUAGCACUGCCCAACCCAAGGUCGAGAUGGAUGUUACCGAAACCAUUCUACUGCCGGGCGAAGCUCAUGAGAUCAAUGAGUUUUGCCAAAAGUCUAUGGCCUCAUCUGUGAUUGGAAUACGCAUAAGUUUUCCCAUCCUAAAUUUAUUUUUGGAGUCCAAGCAAUUGUUUGAGCUCAUCUAUAAUCGUCUCAAUUCGGAUUUAUUCAUGUGGGAGCCUUCAUCGCCGUAUUUGACAGGCACACCAACGCCCUCUUUGCAGGAGAAAUGUUUUGCCAGCAUGCAGAAUUUGGGUUUGAUGGACUCGGUGUAUAUAUCAGCGGUUCAGCAACAAUCCACGCAUCCCCCAGAUCCCUUUGAGGGAGUGUACCAAACAAAAUCAAUGUCCAUGGGCACAAGGCACCACGGUGAUGAUGAUGGCGAAGAGGAUGACGACGACAACAAGGCAGCUGCCGACCAGGACGAUGAGACUGACGAUGAAGAUGAUUUCACAUAUCGCUCCUCAAUUCUUCACAAUGAACCUAAAUCGAAAAGGCAGGAGGAUUCGAAGAAGUUAUGUCAUCGUUGUUCGGUGGAAAUCAACAUUGGCCAUGCCACAGCAGCUGUGUUUGUGCCUGUGCGCGAUGCUGACAACCAUAUUUUACCCGAAGUUUUGGGCAAAUUUCUGCUCUAUGUGGACGACUUGAGGAUAUUCAGUUUGAAUGGCUAUUGUGAUGAUCCCUGCUUGGCCUAUUUCUGCCUACAGGUCAACAGCGUCGAAAUGUAUCAUGGCGGCGUGGUGCCCAUGAACUCCCCCCUGCGUUGUGACAAUAAAAACGAUAUCGAAGACUAUAUGAAAUCCACAUUUUACAAAAUUCCCCCCGGUCUAACCAAGGGAAUUAUCCCCUGCGGCAAGGGCGACAAUAGCGAAAUGGUUACUGUGGCCAUUGAAAUACGAAAAAAUCUAGCACAGCACAUAAAGAGGCUAAAAAUAACUGCCGGCAUUAAGAAUACCACAUUGCGGUACAUCCCCAUGCCACCCUCAUAUUUUUGGCUCAAUCAAUUGUUGGACUUUCUCGAUGUCAUGGACUUCCCCAUUGAGGGCUAUGAGCCCUUUAGUGUGAUCUCCGAAAUGCAGCUACAUUUGUGGGAUUGUGCCAUUGAUUUUCGCCCUGACAAUUUUCCCUAUCGGGCGGUAUUGGAGCUGUUUUACUUUUCCGUGAGCAGUAACAUCAUCUCAAGCAUGCCUGGCUGUAAUUUGCGCUUUGUUCUGGAGGAAUGUGUGUUUUCAGUGGCUCCUCAUGACACUGCGAAGUUGUUGCCCUGCAACAAGGUGACCCACAUAGAUGCAGGCAACAUGGUGCCCGUAUUGGAUUUUGGUUUGCUGGAAAUAUCUCUUCGCAUCAGUGGCACCAGCACAGAGAAACAUCCCAAAUUGGACUUGCGCUGCUCUCUGCAAGAUGUCCAUCUAAGGACGUGUUACGACUCUGGAAGUGCUUUUGCCCUGCUGAUUGGUUAUAUCGCCAAUAAUAUAGCCAAAGAUGAUGAUGCAGCCGAAAAGGGCUCCCUGAAUUCCUCCCUAAGCUCUGACUCGGAUUUAUUUAUGAACGAAUCACAAACAUCUUCGGACAUUAGCCAAAGGCAUCAGGAGCGUGUUAACUUGCUUAUGGCCGAGGCGGUAAGGGAUGGCGAGGAGGUUAUGGAAGCCAGCGAUGCUGAAUUGACACCAAGAGAUGAUGAACUCAAGCUAUUCUAUUUUCCUGAUGAAUCAUGCGGCUCCCAUAAGGAUGUGGCUAGGGAAAUGAACUUAACCAUGGCCAGUCAUCAAGAGCUGGAGAUGCCCAGCACCAGCACCGCAGUGGCAAGUGAACCUUUGGCAUUGAUCAAAGGAGAGUUUGGUAUUAUAAACGAACAAAAAUCGCCCAGGAAAGAGCUGAAGAGCCAGGCCUCCUCUGAGGAGGAUUACUGCUUUAUUGUGGGCGAAGAACGAGUGGAGCAUGACUUUGAGGACAUAAAAAUUUCCGAAGAUCCCUUACGCAUAGUGGACAAUCAUUUCUGUUUGCCCUCUUCGCACAAUGAUAUACUCAAGGCGCCGGCCACAUUUCCUUUACCCGAAAUGCGUUAUACCCUGUGUGAGAUGACAGUCACUUGGCAUUUGUAUGGCGGCAAUGAUUUUGCCCUUACAACAGGGGCAGUCGCCACAGCCGCCUCCUCGUCUGCGACUUCAAGAGAGCCUGCUGCAGAUGCUAAUGCAGCCAUGUCUGACGCCUAUCGCCAUGGCGUUUCGAAUGCCAGCAACCAAUGUCGACCGCAGCAGGACAAGAAACCUAAAGAGAAGCUAACCUGGAAGUCUAAGGGUGGCAAGGAGCGCAAUCACGAGAUUCUGGUUGAAAUUCAACUCAGCAAAGUAGGCUUUUCCUAUGAGGUAUACCCCCUGCAGGCGGCCUAUGCCUCGCGCCAAGUUUUCCUGGUCAACGAGUUGGAGAUACGGGAUCGCCUGCAGACAUCGGAAAUCAACAAAUUUCUCUACAAUGCCAAUACCAAGCAAUUCGGCAACAAGAGAAUGAAGCAUAUGGUUGUGGUGAAGUCGCUGCAUGUACGUCCAAAUCCCGAACAAAGUACGGCCCAAGAAUGUUCCCUAAAAAUAUCUCUGUCGCCUUUGCGUUUGCACAUAGAUCAGGAUACCUUGGAGUUUAUGACGGAUUUCUUUACCAGCUUUGGCAAAAGUUGUGAGAGUGAGCAGGCGGGCAAAGGCGAAGGGAGUUCCGAUAAGCCCAAGGCCCCAGCUCCGCCGCCCACAGCUACAAUAUGCAAUGAUUUGGAUAUACCAGAAGCAGUGCAAGAUCUAAGGGCCCGUCGCAUAGUAAAUGAGAAUUUGUCGAUAUUAAUAGAUGACCAGGCGGCAGAUAGUGCUUCAGUGAGUUCCAGAAAUAGGGUGUCACCAGGAGGAGCCUCAAACUCGGAUUCCCCCACAUAUUUCCGCGAGGUGGUUUUCAGCCCUGACAUUUCAAUAUGCUUCGAUUAUCAUGGGCGCCGUGUGGAAUUAUCCAAGGGCCCUGUGGCUGGUCUACUCAUGGGCUUGGGCCAACUGCAAUGUUCCGAGAUUAUCUUAAAGAAAAUUGUCUAUCGCCGUGGCAUACUGGGCUUGGAGAAGGUCUUCACUUAUCUGGCCAAGGAAUGGCUAAAGGACAUCAAGCGCAACCAAUUACCCAAAAUUUUAAGCGGUGUAGGCCCAACCUAUGCCUUUGUGCAAUUGUUCCAGGGUAUCUAUGAUCUAUUCUGGCUGCCCAUAGAGCAUUAUCAGAAGGAUGGCCGUAUUAUACGUGGCCUGCAGUUGGGGGCUCAAAGUUUCAGUGCUCGCACCAUACUUGCUGCACUGGAGAUAACAUCACGGUUCAUACAAUUGCUACAAUUCACCGCCGAGACGGCAUUUGAUAUGGUCUCACCUGGACCUUCGGUGAGGCAAUUGAAACGAAACCGCCGAGGUCAAAAGCGCCGAACUCACAGACCCAAGGAUAUACGUGAGGGUGUGGUGAAUGCCUAUCAAAUUGUCAAGGAUGGCAUUAAUGAUUCGGCCAAUAAUUUGAUAGAGACCGCAGUGGCGGAACACGAUCAGAAGGGUCUGACCGGUGCUGUGGGAGCUGUUAUGCGUCAGGUGCCACAACUGGUGGUGUGUCCAGCCGUCUUGGCCACCCAAGCCACCACAAAUAUUUUGGGAGGUGUUAAGAGUUCGCUGGUACCUGAUUCGAAAAUCGAAGCUAAAAAGAAGUGGAAAGACGAAAACUGUUGAACACAAAAGGAGGCAGUCGAAGAUGAUGAUAAUGACUGGCGAUGCGCUAAGGCCGUGAGAGGUAUAGGGGGGUUUGGCAAUGGAACGAUGCUGGUGAUCAUGAUAGAAAUAAAAUAAUUUUUAAAAGUAAAGUUUAAUAUUUGCAAAAACUUAUACAUACACAAACUCACACAUACACACAAACAAACACCUAACAUACACAAGCAUACAUACAUAUACAAUACUAUAUAAAAUUUACUACCACUAAGAGAGAACAAAAUAAAAUGUAAUAAAUAAAA